AUGUUUUUAUCGUUGCAUUCUGAUAUUGAUAUUAUAGCGUUCCUUCUGGCAGAUAAGGGAUACGAUGUAUGGCUCGAUAAUGCACGUGGCAAUUCAUACUCUAAUAUUCAUACAUCUGAUGAAAUCAAGCCGAAAACUUAUUGGAACUUCAGCUGACACGAAAUUGGUGUAUAUGAUCUUCCAGCAAUAAUAGAUUAUAUUGUAAAGACCGCUGGCCACAAAAAAAUAUUCUAUGUAGGACACAGCCAAGGUACCAUCACCUUCUUUUUCAUGGCGACAGAACGACCUAAGUAUUAGAAUUAUAUCAAGGAGAUGCAUGCUUUGUCCCCGAUCAUUUAUUGCGGCAGA